UGCGCGGCCGUCGAGCGCGGGAACGGCAGAACGAUAAAUACGAGUAGCGAUAACUGGCCACAAGAGUUCGCGCCAUGUUCGCGAUAGCGCUCCCUAUCGCUGUCGUGUUGGUGUGCGCCACCGCGAGGCAGCCCGAGCUGUCGCCGGUAGGCGCAUACGGAGCGAACAAAGACGUGGACCCGGAGUUGUAUAGAGAUGUGAUGCCGUAUGAGCUCUACCCCCAGUAUGAUGACAGUCCAAGAAUGUACUCUAUUAACAAGGAGGAUCUGAUGAACUACCCCCGCCCGAUCACUCCUGAAAACCUGCUGGAUAAGGAGAUCGCCGUACUCCGCCGCUGGGAGGGUAUGGAACGCCAAGAACCACCAAAGCAAGAUCCCUACAGCUUGUUUCUAGAAUACAAUAAAGACCAACCUUCAAUUAUGUUGGCUAAAAUCCUGGGCCUCGGGGCAGACUACCGCAAGUUUUCUGAACUCCCACCCAACCUAAGAUCCUUUAAGACCUUCGAGCAAAAUCGCGAUGUAGAGUCCGAAGAUAGACUUGAGAGCCAAGUCCGGAAGACCGAGGAGGAGAAGAAGACCGAGGAGGAGAAGAAGACCAAAGACGAGAUCGAGCUGGAGACGCUGGAGCAUAAGGAGAAGAGCAGGAAGUUCGCUUUGACACCGCUGGAUGAGGGGUACUAUGACACGGAGGAUAGCGCAGAACCAAAAGAUAACCAACUAGUGGAGCCCCGCAAGACGAGGCAGAAUCCGAACUGGAGUAGGUCCAAAUCUCUGGUCGCUGACAACUUGGAUGAACUGCGUGUGGGCGUGGCUAAUAAGGUCUACCGUAUACCUGUCUCCUUACUGCCAACAAAUCUGCGCGUGUUGAAAAUAUCACAGGCUAAUACGGAGAGCAGCACUGAUGGGGCCACGGGAAGCACGAUGAGGCCCCACCACAUUCACAUCAUAGAGACGGUGAACCCAAAACCGGUGGAUACCAUCUACAGCAACGCUCUGCUGGCAGCGAUCGGCGCGGCCGUGUCCAUGGCGCUAGUCGGUUUGGUCUUCGGAUGGUAUGCUAUCAUAUAUCUGCCCAGUCUCUCGAAGAAGGCUAAAGCAGCUGCUGACGUGGACUACCCCGCGUACGGCGUCACCGGCCCCACCGUGGACCCCAGUGGCGACAGGAAGCUGGCCCACUCUGCCCAUAUGUACCACUACCAACACCAGAAACAACAGAUCUUGGCUAUGGAAAGGAGCUGCAUGGGCCGCAACGGAUCCGUGUCUGACCCGGAGUCGGAGGACGAAAACGAGGAGGGAGACUACACCGUGUACGAGUGUCCUGGAUUCGCUACUACUGGGAACAUGGAGGUGAAGAAUCCCCUCUUCAACGAGGAGCCGACACCAGCCUCGCCCGCCAAGAGCGAGGAACCAACCAACCAACCCAAAGAUGAUGAAUAAAUUCGAUUCUACCGUUACGUAUUACCAUACUGUUUACGUCAAUUUACUAUACUGUGUCUACAUAGCUAUCGUUUCAUUAGCAACAAAAAAAACAACAAAAAAAGUUACUUUUAUUAUGCGUUUUUUUUUUAGGUACACAGUUGGACUCUAGAUUUUAUAUAUGUUCAGCUUUUUUAUUGAGUUCAAUAGUGUAUUUUAUUUAAAUGAUUAACAUUUAUAUUUGUUGUUUCGUUGUUAUAAAAUAUUUAUUUGUAAAAUUCAUGUUACACUUUAAUUGGCCUAUUCCUAGUCAAAAUUACAGGUUUUUAUUACGCUAAGUUAUUAUCAUAUUACAAAUAUAAAAGAUUUAUUAAUCGUUACAUAGAGUAAGAAAAUAUAUUAUUCGCUUCAAAAGAUUUGCUCGGUGUUAGUUGUAAGAAAAUUAUUUACAAGUAUCAAAUAUUAUCGUAAGAAACUUGACUAUGAAUUUAUGAGAAUGUUUUAAUGUACCAAUAGGCUAAGUGUGCUCAAGUCCUAUGCUUUGAUUGUGCUGGUAACAAAAACUAUCACAGCCUCACAAACUAAAGCUUUUGACAUAAAGCACCAUAAAAUAAAAUAAUUUACGAUUUUACGAGAUUUUUUUCAAAUUCGAUUCCAAU